AAAAAACUCCAUUGAUAAUAAACCAACAGUGCAUUGCACAAUGGAGAGAAGCAAAGUGCAAGUGCUUUACGAUGCCUGUAAUGCUGUGUUUUCUCAGAAGAAACUUCCAAGUUUCCAACAGAUUCAAUGGCUGAAAAGCAUCCUAGAUUUAUUUGAAGCUGUUGAUGUUGGGAUAGAUGAAUUUAGCUUGCAUGGACGGAGCAUCAAGGGACUGGUUUGUGGGCAAGCAGUCUCUGAAAUUACAUACAUUCACAUUCACGAGUGUGACAGUUUCUCUGUAGGCGUUUUUUGCUUCCCAGCAGGUGUGACUUUUCCCCUUCAUGAUCACCCGGGCAUGACUGUUCUAAGCAAACUUCUGUAUGGAUCCCUUUACAUCAAAGCCUACGAUUGGAUGAAGGUGCAGAAAUCAAGCUGCCGAAUAAAUGGAAUAGCAGGCAUGGUGGUAGAUGCAAUAUUGAAUGCACCAUGUGAACCAUCUAUCCUGUUUCCGAAAAGCGGUGGAAACAUUCAUUCGUUUACUGCCUUGACUCCCUGUGCAAUAUUGGAUGUUUUAUCUCCACCAUACUCUGAAGAAAGGCCUUCCACUUACUUUUCUGACUUUCCGAUUCCCUCUCUUCCCGGUUAUGCAAUACUUGAGGAAAUAGAUAUACCCCAAGACCUAGUUGUUUCUGGAGCACCAUACCUUGGCCCUCCAGUUGAUUUCGGAGACGAUGAAACCGAAAUGUUGGUGUGAAUAUAUAGAAGUUUUCUUCUUAGGAAAUUCUUAGGAGGCCCUGUGAUGGGCUGAAUGAUGAAUCUUAGCGUUAGCAUGUAGAAUAUAUGUGGUGUGCGUACAUAUAUACAGUGUAAUACAGUGUCCUAAAUGAAUGUGAACAAGAAAGAUGGUGAAGCAUAAUGUUUGUUCUGGUUUUCUAUGGACCGAAUGGGCUUUGACUGGGCUCCCUUAUUAGUGUCAUGGGGUGGACUUUGUGAUUC